AAAAAAAUAAAUUCUGCGAGAGAAAAGGAAAUUUUUAAUAUUGCGCGAGAAUUUGACGAUUGAACAAGUUUUUCCAAAAUUCAUCCUUCCCAAUAUAUAAUAUUGGAGAUUAUACCCACUGUAUUUGUGCUAAGGAGAAGACACAAGAGUAUAGAAUAGAGUAUCAAAAAGAAAAAGUUAAUCAUAACUUCAUGAUGAUAACAAACAUAACAACAUCUUAAAAGAAUAAGUUCCAAGUGUCACAAAAACCAUUAAUCGUGUAACAUUUACCUUCUCGUUGUGCGUCUCGAUUAUAAGAAAAGCAUACACAGACUCAAAAAAUUUAUACGCUCAGCAUGUCUCAACAAACAGGAAUCUCUCCAUCCAGUAGUUCUGUUCCAAUUUCGUCGGCAGAAAAUUAUCAGUUAAAGUGGAAUUCGCAUGUAUCAAAUUUAAACUCAAACAUUUCGAGCCUGUAUAAGAAUGAUAAAUAUGCCGAUGUUAUGCUGUUCACAAGUAACAUUGAGGAAGGAUUUUAUGGAAUUCCAGCACAUAAGCUCAUUUUAGGAUCCUGUUCUCACUACUUUUCGUCCAUAUUCGAUAAUAAUCCAUUGCCAAUUAACACCAUGAUUUAUAUUUUUCUGCCGCCAGAUUUAAGUAAGAGAGCUGUGGCGACACUAAUUCAGUACAUGUACACAGGCGAAGCAACGGUAGCAAAUGACAUCUUAAAUGAAGUAUUAAAAGGUGGAGAGAUAUUGAAAAUUCGAGGCUUAUGUAAAGUAAAUUCAGGAGCGAGUUCGACCAACUCGAAAUAUUCAACACCAAUCGAUUCUGCUCACCAUCAACCACAACAAAUACAUUCGACAACCACGACCAACAACUAUCCGCAAUCGUACAAAUUGAUUGAAAGUGGACCUUCAGUCAAUGCGUCGCCAAUAAAGAGCAAUAAAUCUACUCCUCGCAAUUCAAUAGACAAAAUUUCUUCAAUCCAUCCAGACACAAGAAAUUCUUCCACAUUAAGUCAUCAUCAUCAUGUGUUAACGCAAAACGAGUCACCGGUUGUUGUAAUGACAUCAAAUUCAAAUCAAGCGUUACAAUCUAUCGCAGUUAAUGGCAGCAGCAAUAGUCAACAGCAACAUGUUCCACAAUCCAAUAAUUUAAUAAUUGUUAAGAAAGAUAUGGCAAUAGAUCCAGGAGAUACAACAGGAAAUAUUCCAGUCGAGCACUACGGUCUAAUAUCCUUAAAAAUUGCAGCAGCUGUUAAGAAAGCUCAACAACAAAAUAUCUCAGCAACAGUUAAAAAGUCACCAUCGACAUCUUCCUGUGAACAGCAUCAACGUAGAGCGGAUUUCUAUCAGAUCGAUGAUAAUUUAAGAUACGAUCCAAUUUCAUCCCCGACAGCAUUUAAAGUUUACACAAGUUCAUCGUCGUGUGAAAAUUUACAGCAAAUUCAUCAAUCACAGAUGUCUGACGAUGCUUUAAGGUACACGGAGAAGAAGAAGCGUAUAGCACAAAAUCAAAAGCCAUCAUCGUCGUCUGAUGGAAUUAGGGAAAGCUCAAAGGGAAAUAAAUUUACGACACCUGAGAAUGGACAGUCAUUUCAACUUUCAGCAACAGUAGCACCUUCGCAUGAGAAUAAAAAUCAACAUUUUCCAGAGGCAUUGAGCUUUUUAACAAUUAAAGAAGAACCAAUUGAAUGGACUGAAUUCGAUAAUAAUGGCUUAGUCUCACAAAUUGGAGAUAAUAGAUCAGAUGCUGUCAUAAUUAAACCUGAAAAUCUAGAAGAUGUGGAGAGUGCGUUAAGUUCUGAAAUGAAUGAUAAAGUAUAUUCUCCAUUAACAUGUGAAGUCUGCAACUUAAAAUUUCAAAUUCCAAGUGCUUGGGUUCGACACAUUGAAAGUCAUUCGGAAUUGAAUCAAGCACAACCAAACAUACCAAAAAAGAGAAAGAAAGUCGAUGAAGAGGAAAAUUCGGAGAACAUAAAUGUUCUAUCGUGCGAUUUAUGUGAGAAUAUGAGUUUUGCAACGCCAGCUCAAUGGGUUCGUCACGUCCAAAAUACACACACUGAAACAGAACUAGCAAUGUCUAACAAUAGUAUUUUACUAAAAAAAACGAACAUUAAGCAACCGAAAGAAAGUCCUGUCGAGAAACCAGCAAUUUGUAGUAUUUGUAAGAAGGCUUUUCCAUCCUAUGCAAGCAUGCUCAUACAUAAAAGAACACAUUCCGGUAAAAAUCUAUACAAUCUCUCAAUUUUAUCAGCAAUAAAACUUAUAUCAGAUUACAUUUUUGUAGAAGAAAAACCAUUUGCUUGUGGACAACCGAACUGCAAUCGUGGCUUCAACAUAAAAUCGAAUCUUCUGCGUCAUAUGCGAACUUGUCAUAAUCAAAUUCCAUCAAAUGAGAAUCAGGACAGUGAUAAUGUUGAUUAA